AUGUUCUCUGCCACUCGCCUUCGCCGCAUAGGCGCUGCUGCCCUUGUUACCGCAACCGCUGCCGCUGUUGGCGGCUCCAUCAUUCUAUCUCCAAACAUCUCCUCCAGCGACCGCGGCUCUGGACCCGCAUUCGAGGCCGUUAGGAGCAGAAUCAAUGAUCCUCACGCUACCGUUCCGUCGAGAGCAGUUCAAGAGGCAGCUUUGAUUGGAGCUAGUCAAGCUAAUCCUCUUGACAUUCUCAUCGUCGGUGGUGGCGCCACCGGCAGCGGUGUCGCUCUCGAUGCCGUGACUCGUGGACUUCGUGUUGGCCUUGUUGAACGCGAGGAUUUCUCUUCUGGCACGUCUUCAAGGUCUACUAAGCUAAUUCAUGGAGGAGUUCGUUACUUGGAGAAAGCUGUAUUUAAUCUUGACUAUGGACAAUUGAAGCUAGUCUUCCAUGCGCUCGAGGAGCGCAAACAGGUUAUUGAGAAUGCACCUCAUCUGUGCCAUGCUCUGCCAUGCAUGACACCCUGUUUUGAUUGGUUUGAGGUGGUGUAUUAUUGGGCUGGCUUGAAAAUGUAUGAUUUGGUCGCAGGAGGGCGGUUGUUACAUUUGUCUCGAUAUUAUUCUGCUAAAGAGUCUAUUGAUUUAUUCCCUACUCUUGCGAAGAAGGGUAAGGAUAGAAAUUUGAGGGGCACAGUGGUGUAUUAUGAUGGGCAGAUGAAUGAUUCAAGAGUCAAUGUUGGUUUGGCUUGUAGUGCUGCAUUGGCCGGAGCAGCAGUGCUCAACCAUGCAGAAGUUAUUUCAUUUCUAAAAGACGAGGCUACCGGGAGAAUAAUUGGUGCACGGAUUCGGGACAAUUUCUUAGGCAAAGAGUUUGAUACCUAUGCAAAAGUUGUUGUGAAUGCGGCUGGCCCAUUUUGUGACUCUGUAAGGAAAUUGGCCCACAAAGAGGCACCAAGCAUGAUCUGUCCUAGCAGUGGUGUACAUAUUAUUCUUCCUGAUUAUUAUUCUCCAGAGGGAAUGGGCUUGAUUGUUCCCAAAACUAAGGAUGGUCGUGUUGUUUUCAUGCUGCCAUGGUUGGGAAGAACUGUUGCUGGUACAACAGAUUCCAACACUGUCAUCACUCCACUUCCGGAACCACAUGAGAAUGAGAUUCAGUUUAUACUUGAUGCGAUCUCUGAUUACCUUAGUGUUAAGGUAAGGCGCACAGAUGUUCUUUCAGCUUGGAGUGGUAUUCGCCCAUUGGCUAUUGAUCCAUCAGCAAAGAGCACCGAAAGCAUCUCUAGAGAUCAUGUUGUAUGCGAAGACUAUCCAGGCUUGGUAACAAUCACUGGUGGUAAAUGGACCACUUACCGAAGCAUGGCAGAAGAUGCUGUUGAUGCAGCUGUUAAGUCUGGAAAGUUAAGUCCAACAAAUGGAAGUUUAACUCACAAGCUGAAGCUGAUGGGUGGAGAAGGAUGGGAACCUUCAUCAUUUACAGUUCUUGCUCAACAAUAUGUACGCAUGAAGAAGACAUAUGGUGGCAAAGUUGUCCCUGGUGCAAUGGACACUGCUGCAGCUAAGCACUUAUCUCAUGCAUAUGGUACAUUGGCUGAACGAGUGGCUGCCAUUGCUCAGAACGAAGGUCUGGGGAAGAAGCUUGCCCAUGGAUACCCUUUUAUAGAAGCCGAGGUUGCCUAUUGUGCCCGGAAUGAGUACUGUGAAUCAGCUGUUGAUUUCAUUGCUAGAAGAUCACGGCUUGCUUUCUUGGACACUGAUGCUGCUGGUCGGGCCUUGCCACGCAUCAUCGAGAUACUGGCCGCUGAACACAAUUGGGAUAAGUCAAGGCAGAAACAAGAAUCAGAGAAGGCCAAAGAAUUUUUGGAAACUUUUAAAUCUUCUAAAAAUGCUCAGUUCUAUGAUGGGAAGCACUGA